UCGGAAGGAGGAGCUUUCAACAGCGACAAAAUCACCUACAGACAAAAUUUCAAGGGUCGCAUUAAAAUGAUUUGUUCCAGUGCUUUGAUGUCGCGGAGCAUCCUGGCUCUCUGCCUCUUGGCUUGGAUUGACUCCGGCGUCACCGCAUAUCCAGUCAAGCCCGCCAGUCCCCGGGAAGGUGCACCACCCGAAGAGCUCGCCAAAUAUUAUUCUGCACUAAGACAUUACAUAAAUCUCAUUACAAGACAGAGGUAUGGAAAAAGAGACACCCCAGAUACUGUAUUCUCUGAUGUGUUCAUGAGGGAGAGCACAGAAAGUAUUCCGAGAUCAAACUACAUCAUGUAUGAUGGGCUGCCCCUGUGGUGACGCUGCCAUAUUAAUCAAAACCACAAACCUGCUGCAAUGUCUUUGACUGACACCAAAGGGACUUGUGCUGCAUGGAAUAAACAUUGUGUAAUUAAACUGCUUUGCUAUGUAAUGCUGUCACUGCUGUAUUAAAACAUUUUAUUGAAAUGUUGA